UUUUUUAAGAAGAGCAAUGGCCGUCGUCCGCUGGCUCUCAAACCAGUUUUCACUUAAUUUAGCAUGAGCUUAGACGUUAAAAGAUCGUUUUGUUUUUUACUUUUGUUAUUUUGUUUCUUACUAUUUGAAUCAUCUCAUGUCGCGCGAUGGAAGUAUUAGAGAAAAGAGCGUUGAGAGUUUCGUGGCGAGUGUUGAUGAUCGAAAGAUUGUUGUGGACAUCGAUGAUCCCCCGACUGAAGUGUUCAGAGGCUUCGAGAAACAGCCUACGGUGGUUCUGGGGCGCCUGGAUAUCAGUCCUUGCGUAACUCCGACGCGAAGGCCAAUAUUAAAGAAAACAGAAACGCCGGUACUAAGCAAUUUCGUCAAUAGAAUAUGUUCUGUAAGCGUCCUGAGAGACAACUUAGAGGAACUAAAAGAGCUGUUUUCUAAAAACCCUGAGCUAUAUAACAGUCCAAUGACCGGCCCAGACCGAGUCAUGGGCCUAAAAUGCAAGAUCUGCAAAAAAGUAUAUUCCAGUGAGAAAAAAUUGCAGAAUCACCAGGAAAAUAAGCAUAUGGUGGUGUACAAGCCUAAAAAUACGAAGCGGGUGUCUUUUUCUGACAAAAUAAUCGUCCAUCAAGUCAAAGAGUACCAUAAGUGUCGGAAAUGCCCUAGAAUAUUCGAAAGCUACAAGCUUUUGAGAAGUCAUAUGAAAGAUCAGCACAAGAAACGGAAAUGUUACAUUUGCAAUUACUGCAAUAAGAAAUUUGUUGACCGAAUGUUCUUUAAAGUACAUAUAAAGCUCCACUGUGAAGUAUGCGGGCUUCUUUUACCGAAUAAAUCUAAGUAUCUCGAUCACAAGCGUAACGUUUGCCGGGUUGUGAAGCUGCAUACUUGUAAAACAUGCAACAUAUCACUCUUUAAAUUCAUGGAUUUGAAGGACCACAGCUACGAACAUGUGAGUACAUGUUACGUCUGUGAUAUCUGCAAGGAUCAAUGCACAACCAAAUGUGCGAUCGCACACCAUAUAUACUAUUUACACUCAAGAAGACGCAAACGACGCAAUCCCUGUUUGUAUUUGACACGAAAAUUGGGCAGUGAGAACUUGUAUCUGUGCAAGUUCUGCGAAGAAAGCUCCAUAGACAAGGAACUAAUAGAAAACCAUGUGGAGUCCCUCCCGGAUUUGACUAACCGAACUAUGACCGGUUAUAAAGACUAUUAUUUCUGUGACCAAUGUCUUAAGAAAUUCAGUACAGAACAAGAUAUGCUGCAACACAAAUGGACACAUUUUUUGAAAACUUCGGACAACUCUCAGGUACGGUUACCCGAUACCCAUGAAGACCAAGAAACAAAGACUGUCUUUACCGUUAACAAUAGAAACCGAUGUAGUUCUAAUAACAAUUCUAAUUCAAUACUAAAGAGAGUGUUAACCAAAAAAAUGGCUAUUCCUCGGUUAGCAUCCACGAAAAGGUUUUACAAUGUACGAAAUGAGAAGAUUCCUGAAAAUUUUCAGCCGAGAGUAGUUUUACAAAGGAUGCAGGUGGAUGAAAAAGUGGCUGACAUAGCCUUUGUAGACGUGAACUGUAUUGACAUGCUUAAUCAAAAAGUGUGUCAGCCUGAAAAUAGUGUUGUACCCAAUGAAACGGUUUCUCUACCAUCUGAGACUGUUAAUGAGACAAAAGAAACAGUGUCUCAACUAAGUCACAGUGUUGAUGUAGCGAACGGGACAACAAAACAGGAAACUCAUAGUGUUGAUAUGACCAAUGGAACGGAGUCUUUACCUGAGCGUAUUGUAGACCCAGUUACAAAGAAAAUAGUAUUUUCUAAACACCAAUGUCAGAUUUGUCACAAAUACUAUUACAACAAGUCGGGAUUGAAAAGUCACAUUCAGUUAGUACACCAGGAGAAGUUCGGAUGUAGCCUUUGCAGUAAAGUAUUCCGUUGGUUUGGGAAAUUUAGCCAACACAGAUGUGCGCAAUAUGGCCUCGCGCAGCCCAUAUACAUCCCAGCAUCAAAUGGCAAACCAAAUACCACACAAAUAAACCCAGUCACAGAAUCUAAUUCUAUUUCAAAUGCAAGUCAAAAUGAAGACACGAACCCAUCCGAUUUUGAUAUUCCAGCACCCAUAGUUGAAAUGACUGAGUUUGAAAACGAACUUAAUAAUCAGUUUGAAAAGAAUGACUCCUCAGAUUUGAAUUUGCAAGAGAUGUCAGACUCAAAUGUACAUGAGUUACAGAGAGACUCAAAUGUACAUGAGAUACAGGGAGUCGCAAAUAUACAGAAGACACUGAGAGUCCCACGUGUAUUAGAGAUAAAGGCAGUCUCAAAUGUACUGGAGAUACAGGGAGUCUCAAAUGUACAGGAAAUACGGAGAGACUCAAAUGUACAUGAGAUACCGAAAGACUCAAAUGUACAUGAGAUACAGGGAGUCUCAAAUGUACAAGAGAUUAAGAGAGUGUACAAUGUUAAUGAGAAAAUACCAGACAGUUUUCAACCAAAGGUAGUGUUAUUAAGAAUGAGUGUUGAUAAAAUGGUAGCCGAUUUCAAAUUAUUUGGGGCCGUUGGUGUCUAUACCCAUUGUGACUGCAAGUGUAAGGGGCAUGGCAAAAAGCGAGCGCCACCGAAAAAGACAAUUAUAUCGAAUCAUCAAUGCCAGCACUGCCAUAAGUAUUACUCGUCGAACUAUUGCCUCAACCGGCAUAUUGAGACGAUGCACGGUGGCUACGACAGUCUCCAAUGUAAGGUCUGUGAGGAGGUGUUUGUGUGGCCCUCGCUUCUCCAGAAACACAAAUGCAUCCGAGUCCACGUCCCAGAUAUCCCCUUUGACGACGCCAGACCAGAAAUACACUUCGACAAUUUCCACGACGUACCAAGUCGAUCCCUCGACACGAGACAUCCAGAAAUAACCGGAAACUUUGACGACUUGAAUAUUUUAGAGAGUGACAAUUAUAUGAAUUCUGUAGAUUUUGAAAUACCGGAGCCUAUAGUGGAACUGACGGAGUAUGAAAAUAGUUUGUCUAUGGACAAAUGUCCGGUGAAUCGAAGUGUGAGUGACAGACUUCAACCGUUGCAGCAUUUAGGUUUCAAAAUUGUGACGCAGGAGGUACCUAUAGAGUUCUAAUAAAAACUAUAGAUAUUAUUCCAACACCCAUAUUCUAAGAUUGGCUCCAACCUUGGAGGCGACCUCAAAGCCUUGGAACUCGGUUUAAAAUCUAUAUUCUGUGGCGCCUCAACCUUAACUCGGGUUUACUCCAGUAAAGCGCGACGUCAUUAUUUUCGUAUUAUUAUGUUGGCAGUACGGAAUACUCGACUCCAGUGAGAAGUCCUCAAGUCGAGUAAAAUACUAAAAUGCUCAGCUGAGGCCGAGUCGAGUGGAGGAAGAUUCGAGUUCACUUAGAAUACGGGUGUAACACCCUGUAUGAUAAAUUACACUGCCUCUGCCAUUUAAUGAUGCAUAUUUCUAUGCAUAUUUCUAUAAAAUCCAAUGCAAAAAACAAAGUCGCCAUCUGUCACAGAACUUUCGAAUUUGUUUGCCUAUAUUUGUAGAAUCAAUAUUCUUUAUACAGUACAAAGUACCUACAUAAUAAUUUAACUUAAACAGUACAUUACUAUUAUUUAUUACAUUAAAUAUAUUUUAACCUCUUAAGGCCUCUUAGUGACAUCGUAACGAAUACUCAGAGGGAUGAUUCAGACCAUGAUUCUGAGUUAAUAUCAAGUGGAAUUUUCCGUCGCAAAAUUCAUGUUAUUUUUUUAGUUUUUUUAAAUUAUUUUCAAUUCUCUUUUGCGAUGGAUAAUUCCACUUGAUAUUAACUCAGAAUAAUCAGCUGAAUCAUCCCUCUCAGUAUUCGUUACGAUGUCACUUACACCCCAUACUAGUACAUACAGUAGCCAUACAAGUAGGUAUGGGUGUUAGUGACACUGUAACGAAUACUGAAGGGGAUGAUUCAGACCAUGAUUCUGAGUCGAUAUCAAGUGGAAUUUCCUGUCGGAGAACUUAUGAAAAUUUUAGAGCUUAUUUAAAUUAUUUUCCAUUCCAUACUUUUGCGACGGAAAAUUCCACUUGAUAUCAACUCAGAAUCAUGGUCUGAAUCAUCCCUCAAAGUUUUCGUUACGAUGUCACUAACACCCUGUAUAGCGGCUGGCAUAAAAGUCAUCAGCAUCAAGCUAUCUUCAUUUUAGGACUUCGUACAGACAGCUGCAAGUUGUCUGACUAAUUUAGGCCCUGCCCACCCCAAAAGGGAUUACGGGCGUAUUUAUAUUUUUGUGUAUAAAAGUAUUAUUUCAUUUACAAAAUGUGAUUUUGUGUCUCAUUUAUUGUGUAAUCUCAUUGGUGGUUUAAAUGCGCACAUUGCCUUAUUUUAACCGACUUCAAAAGAAGGAGGUUAUGUAAAUGUUACAUAGUAGUGUAUAGGUGAUCAUUUGUUGUAAAAUUAGGGCUGGAAAUGCAGAUUAUUAGCGUAAGUUAUUACAGUAUGCCGCGCCGGCGCGAUGGUGCUGAUUACGGCGAAAUAAACUUUUUUUUUAUUUGACAGUUUUAAUAAUAGAGUUGUCCCUUACUUUCUGUAAGUACAAGAAAGAGAUAGAGCUAGUUUUGAAACUGGCAGCUAUAUUAAAAUUAAGUUUGUGUGUGCCUGAGUCGCAGAUAAAUUAUAGACGGGUGUUGUCUAGCGCACGCGUUCCCCUCUGCCGAAGGACGUGAACGAUCUGUUCAUAAUUAAAACACAUAAUAACGGUCACAUUGACAUUUAUUUAUUUAUUUAUUUCACUCACAACAACUAUCUUUACAGGAUAACCUAAUGCGACAGAGUUGGGGACUUAUUGAUACAUAUUUAAAAUUAAUCAUUAAUUAUUUUUAACUAGCAAAAUAUACGAUUUCCUUAAUUAAGUGUAACAGAUUACACUCAUUGCUAUUUUUGCGAAUUCACUCUUGGAACACGAAAACAGAUCCACUCUCCCGGCUAUCUCGUUUACUGUGCGCAAGGUUCGAACAAAUGAUCUUGAGGGCAGUCUCGAAGCUGAGAUUAAUUUAUUAAUACCACCCUUAGAAUAGAGGUCAUCUUAGAAUAGGAGCCAGCACAAACUCCCGUUUAUAAUUUCGCUAAGUUUUAUUUUUACCGACUUCAAAAAAGGUGUCUUCUCACUUCGACCGCAUUUUUUUUUCUUUUUCGCUUAUGAACCGAUUUUGAUAUUUUUUUUAUUGUUAUGUUUUAUCGUUAUAAAAGGCUAUUCUGGUUUUAUUUAAAAUGUCUUGAAGCUGUAUUGUUUUUGUACAGUUGAAUUCUCCCGCACAUAGAUUUACUACUGUAAAUCAAUGAAGGCUUGUGCCUACCUUUUUUUACGUGAUUUAUUGUAGAUUUGCCGCAGAUGGCAUUAACUAAUUGGCAGGAACUGUGUCCAUGAGUGCGACAUCAAAAGUCUGUUUUAAUGUUGAUUUUGGUGCUAAUUAUUGUAAACACCAUCUAAUUUGAUUUUAAGUUAUAUCUGUCAUUUUGUUAUCCGCCGAAAAGGAAAGGGACGGGGAAUAGACAAGCAUAAAAUUUAUGGAACACACGUCAAUUUUAAGCACAAAUCUAAAACAACAGUCUAAAAAUUAACACAGAGUUAAUUAGACAGCACGUCAUACGGUUUGCAUACCAGCAGAUACCUAUUUAAUUCGCCCGAGUUAUUCAUUCAUUUACUCAUUCUUCCUAAAAUUAACAGCUGUCUAUUACCCGUCCCUUUCCUUUUCGGCGGAUAAGAAAAUGACACGUAUAACUUAAAGUAAAAUUAGGAAGUGUAUGCAGGUAUCCGGGUCUAUGUCUGUUAUCCAUGAAAUUUGAAGUCAAUACUGAACAGCGCCAUCUCUGUUGUUUUGGGGAAUGAAGCCAGGAAAAAGUCCCUCAUUAAGUAAGUAAAAAGGUUUCCUUCAUUACUCUGCGAUACUACAGUAAAAAAUAAUAAUAAUAAAAAGUGUUUAUUUCUUGUAUUCAAGCGGUAUACCGCGGUUUAUCAUAUCCAGCUUACGACAUCGUAUCAACAGUGGCUGUAAGUUGUCUUUGGGUGAUACCAGACCAAUCGGUCGAUCGACAGCAUCGAUCGAUGGUAGAAUAGAAUAGUCGACGUCGAUCGAUAGUUUCUACCAGACCAAUCGAUCGACCAUCGAUCGACGGCAUCGAUCGAUGGUAGAAUGGAAUAGUCUACGUCGAUCGAUAGUUUCUACCAGACCAACGGAUCGAUUAUUGUCAUCGCCCGGCAAUCGAUUGAUUACUUAAUCGAACAGUAUCUGUCGAUCAAUUAAAGUUACCAGGCCAGUCGAUCAACUUCGAUCAACGUUGAUCGAUGCCGUCGAUCGAUGAUCGAUCCAUCGAUUGGUCUGGUAGCACCCUUUGAUUACUUGUGGCUCUGCGCUCUGCCCACCCCAUUAGGAUUACGGGCGUGAGUUUAUGUAUGUAUGUAUGUUCAAGCAGUAUGAAGUUAUGAGGCAACCCCAGGAAGCAAGGUUAAUGCUUGAUUUGGAUACAGUAUUCUGUGAAAAUAUGUAAAAUUUAUUAUGUUGUAAAACAAGUUAUUAUUUUUGAAUAGUAUAAAUAAAACAAUAAGUACUAAUAAAGAAUGUACAUAACCACGA